CCCUGCCGGCCGCUGCAGUGGCGGCGUCAGGUGGGAGCGCGAGCCGCAGAGACCCGGGCGUGGCGGCUGCCGCAGUGGGAGUCGGAGCCCGGCUCUCGGCGCGGCCCUGGGCGCCCCAGGAAGGAAGGGACGGGGACGCAGUCGCCGAGGAGACGCCGGGGCAGAGGGGCGCCGAGCAGCCGGGAGUCGCCCGUCUCCAGGCGCGGAGAGCCUGGGGCAUGCAGGCGACGCCGCCGGGGGUCCCGCCGCCCCUCAGGAGCCCGCCGGGCGCGCGCUUGCAGCCGGACGAGGGCGGGAGAGGACGCGCAGCCGCGAGCGAGCGCGGCAGGAUGAGCGGCGAGGGCGACUACAACUUCAGGAGGGUGGCGAUCCGGAGAAAGUCCAACCCCUCCUACCUGCCGCCCGGGACCCCCCGGCCCUGGAGUCGGCCCCCGUCGCACCUGGGAUGGGCCGAGAAGGCCACCUUCCGGAGCCAGGCACCCGCAGGCGCCCUAGAUCCCUGUAUCCUUCAUGAUAAAUUUUGCAUUUUUAAGAUUCCACCAAAGUUGGGAUCUUUCAGCCCUGCAGCAAGCAUUUCAGUGUUUCCCAUGGACCAGGCGGUUAUGCUGGGGCCUAGAAAUCAAGGCUGCAGUAUCUGUCCAAAGAUCACUAGAAUUCCACCUUCUUUGAAGAGCAGCACAGCCACGCUGGUUGAUCAGAAUGUAUCUGCUGAAGAGGCUCAGGGAAUAAAUGGGAAAACGCCAGCAAAACACGCAGCUGCAAGUCCAAAGCCACAAGUGCCUCCAAAGCCAUUUCAUCUGCAGAAUUCACCUUCGUCCAACAUACACCAAACCCCCAGGCAUAAAGCUUUAUCUAGUGCAAAACCAAGGAUGGAGGAAGUUAAACCUGCCUCUGCUUCUUGUGUCUCAAAAGAAAAACCCAGUAAGGUAUCAGAUCUCAUCAGUCGCUUUGAAGGAGGCAGCCCAUUAUCAAAUUACAGUGAUUUGAAAAAAGAUCCUGCUGUGAACCUCAAUGUUCCUAGAACCCCAGGAAGGCACGGAUUGACAACCACACCUCAGCAAAAGCUCCUCUCCCAGUGCUCACCCCGGAAGCAGGGACAUAAUCCAGAUCAAGCUCAGGGUGUACAGACUCGUGUGGCUAACGGCAUAAUAGCAGCACAAAACCAGAUGGAAUGUGAAGAGGAUAAAGCAGCCGCUCUCAGCGCAGAAACUCCUAUUCAAACUUCGGAACCCUCGCCCGAUACCAGCUUAGUGAAUGGAGAAAGAGAAGAAACAACCACGGGACCUGCAUCACCCACGGCAAAUCACUGCGAUGGAAACGCUGAUGACAGGACCCCGGGCGUCGGCCCAGCGCUCCCCCUGGGAGAAGGAAGGGCAGACGCAGAAACCAAGGUGCAGGAGAGGGAAAACGGAGAGAGUCCCCUGGAGCUGGACCAGCUGGACCAGCACCAUGAGAUGAAGGAGACUGAUGAGCAAAAACUUCACAAAAUAGCCAAUGAACUUUUGCUUACAGAAAGAGCUUACGUCAGCCGACUUGACCUCUUAGAUCAGGUAUUUUAUUGCAAACUAUUGGAAGAAGCAAAUCGAGGCUCAUUUCCAGCAGAGAUGGUGAAUAAAAUCUUUUCUAAUAUUUCGUCAAUAAAUGCCUUCCACAGUAAAUUCCUCCUGCCGGAGCUGGAGAAAAGAAUGCAAGAAUGGGAAACUACCCCUAGAAUUGGUGACAUUCUCCAGAAAUUGGCGCCAUUCCUUAAGAUGUACGGAGAAUAUGUGAAGGGGUUUGAUCAUGCAAUGGAACUGGUUAAAAACAUGACGGAGCGUAUUCCCCAGUUCAAAUCAGUAGUUGAAGACAUUCAGAAACAGAGGAUCUGUGGGAACUUGACUUUGCAGCAUCACAUGCUGGAACCCGUCCAGCGGAUCCCCCGGUAUGAGAUGCUCCUGAAGGACUACCUGAGGAAACUGCCCCCUGAUUCUCCGGACUGGAAUGAUGCUAAAAAAUCACUUGAAAUUAUAUCUACAGCAGCAAGCCAUUCUAAUAGUGCAAUAAGAAAAAUGGAGAACCUAAAGAAACUCUUAGAGAUUUAUGAAAUGUUGGGAGAAGAAGAAGACAUUGUGAAUCCUUCGAAUGAACUAAUAAAAGAAGGGCAGAUUCUCAAGCUAGCGGCUCGGAACACGUCUGCACAGGAGCGCUACCUUUUCUUAUUCAACAACAUGUUGCUGUACUGUGUGCCAAGGUUCAGCUUGGUGGGCUCCAAAUUCACGGUUCGAACCAGGGUUGGCAUCGAUGGAAUGAAAAUCGUGGAGACGCACAAUGAGGAGUACCCGCACACUUUCCAGGUGUCCGGGAAGGAGAGGACGCUGGAGCUGCAGGCCAGUUCUGAGCAAGACAAAGAAGAAUGGAUCAAGGCACUUCAGGAGACGAUUGAUGCUUUCCAUCAGAGGCAUGAAACCUUCAGAAAUGCGAUUGCGAAGGAUAAUGACAUCCACUUAGAGGUCUCUACUGCUGAGCUAGGGAAACGGGCCCCGAGAUGGAUACGGGACAAUGAAGUGACCAUGUGCAUGAAAUGCAAGGAGCCUUUUAAUGCGCUGACAAGGAGAAGGCAUCACUGCCGAGCAUGUGGACACGUGGUUUGCUGGAAGUGUUCUGAUUACAAAGCUCAGCUUGAAUAUGAUGGUGGUAAAUUGAGCAAAGUGUGUAAAGACUGUUAUCAAAUAAUAAGUGGAUUCACAGACAGUGAAGAAAAGAAAAGAAAAGGAAUUUUAGAGAUUGAAUCGGCAGAAGUAUCUGGGAACAGCGUGGUGUGCAGCUUCCUUCAGUACAUGGAGAAGUCAAAACCUUGGCAGAAAGCUUGGUGUGUGAUCCCCAAGCAAGACCCCCUCGUGCUGUACAUGUACGGGGCCCCCCAGGACGUCAGAGCACAGGCCACCAUUCCACUCCUGGGCUAUGUCGUGGACGAUAUGCCGAGGAGUGCAGACCUGCCGCACAGUUUCAAACUGACCCAGUCCAAGUCCGUGCACAGCUUUGCUGCAGACAGUGAGGAGCUGAAGCAGAAGUGGCUGAAGAUCAUCCUCUUAGCUGUCACAGGUGAGACACCAGAUGGCCCUAGCAAGCAGCCAGACGCUUUGGACGAGCAUCCUGAAUCUAAGAGACAGUCCGAAUGCUGAGCCCCAGGACCGUCCGUGGUGUGGGGGCCAAGGGGGUCUCAAGAUUUACAGCUCAAGACAUUCCCAGCUCUCCUUACUCCUCUCCUAGCACUUUAUGUUGAAAACACGGGCCCAAAUGCAUCUUUUGGGGGCACUAUUUUCCUAUGUUUAUGUACUCUUAGUGAGAUUAAUGUGCAGAGCCAUUCUACCCAUAAAAAGUUUGAAAUAAUGUGAAAAAUGGAGCUUUUUUUAAAUGAGCUAUUCCUUGAAUAUGUACUUUUGGGGAAAAAAAAAGUGGUAUCAAUUAAUUCUGUCAUUUCAGGUUAGAAAAGGCCACUUCAUUUAAGGAAUCCUUUAACGUCUUCACUUUCACAUGUAGGAUUGUAACAGUUUGAAAGAUAUACCUCUAUGUUGCCAAAAUAGAUCUACGGUUUAAAAAAAUACAGGGACAGUUUAGAAUAUCAUAUUAACUUAUUUUAUUUAGUUUAUAAAGCUCAAGCUGCAUAAAUGAUGUAUGUUCUUUUAAAACAAAAAGGACAAAUUGUUGGUGUUCAAACUUUCAACUUAUUGAGAAAAGAUAAUACUUGUUUUUAUAGAAAUACUCCUAAGAAUAAAAUAUCUUAAAUAUAUAGCGAUUAUGUAUAUAUAGUAUUAAAUAUAAAUAUAUAUAUACACACACACUAUAUGUGCUUUUUUCUUCAGCUUAAGGCUCAUAUUUGUUUUCUAAUUUAUUUUUUAAAUAUACAGCAUGUUUUAUCUUGGAAUGGAGCAGUGUUCUAAACUUAAGAAAUGUUUUUGGUGACUUAUGUUUUAGCUGGUUGACAUCCAAGGGUAUUGAUAUUUUUAUAAUAAGAAGACGCUGUAAUUUAUGUGGCAUGGGUUGUAUUAGUGAGUUCCAACGGUAUUUUUAAAGUACUGUUUUUCUUUGUUCUGUGCCUAUUUAAAACAGUGCCUCUCUUUGAAGGUGCUAAUAAUGCCUACUUAAGUGUAAUAUGAGGGUUUAAUUAAUGCUUCAGUCUUGGUUAUUCUGAGAAAAGGUGCAUUCCGGUCGCGGGGUGGUCAGAGUCAUGCAGGUUGCUGUCCCUUGUGCAGCCCUCUGAUUGUCACAGCAGUUAUUAAAAUCAGCACGUACAAGACAGCUGACCCUACGCAGAGCUGGGACAUUUGGAAACUACAUUUAUUGUUACGUUUUUCUUCUCCGUAAGACUGUUAAGUGUGGUUAAAUGAGGACUAUGUAUAAUUAACACUUAAGAUAAUUGUGUGAGCCUAUUCCUUUGUCAGACUGAAACAAAAUUCACAUAAGAUUACCUGUGUUUGGGGGGUGGGGUGGGUAGGUAAUUGAAGACAGUUUAUGUUCAACUCUAAACCACAUCACUAAAGAAGAGUGGGAGAAAAUACAAUAUAGAAAAAUGAUAUUUUGAUGGCAGGUUUGGGGGAGGUACAUAAUGACUCAUGCGAGUUUGAGCAUUUUUUCCCCCAUUUAUCCUCUGGGGAGUUUUAACAGACAAAGUGUGACUCCUUGUCACAAAGGCUGCUCUUUAUUAUAUUGUAGUUAUGAUUAAAAUCUCACAUUAAGUUGGCUAUUUAAGUUAGUGCUGUUCUCAAAAUUAGAUCUUUUUUUUUUAAAUUUACUCUGUCAUGUUCCAAACGUUGUCACUUUUUAAUGUAUCUCUCUGCUAGAAAUCCCCAAGAACGACCCCACUGUCCUCAGCUUUUGGGGGAUUAUACCUUAAAUGUAGGACAGAUGCACUCAGGACUUGCGAUUCAUUUAUUCAGGCCCUGUUUUUUUAGAGAAAUAUUUGAAAUAUCUCCUUUUCCCCCCUCGUACCCCUAAGAAGCAGGUGAACUUACGAUGGCGGACAUGAUUUGGCUGCCUUCCUCUGCAAAAGGAAUACCAGCCAGGAUUGUUAAUAUUAAACCAGGUACUUGGAGUCAAAAAGAGAGAAGGUAGCUUCUUAGGCCCUGUUAAAUUAAGGAUGGACUAAAAAAGUUUUGCAUUGCUUCUCUUUUCUAGUUGCCAAGUGUGCAUAUGUGUGUGUGAGUUCAGAGGUGGUUACUAAGGUUAAACUAUACCGAUGGAUCGUGAUGCUUUGGUUUGAAUCUCAAGAAGAGAGAAGCGGGAAAAAUGUAGAAUCAGUACCAGGAGAUGGGGACUUUUGUAACUGGGGACAGAACAACGGAAACGCGGAGGGCAAUUAGGAGAUUAACGAGCCAGAUUAUUUUUGAAAACUAUUCUAACGGCAAGAAAGCUACAUUACCACUACCAGUAAGUUCUUCUGGAAUAGAAGUAACAUGGACGUAUUCAAGGUUUGGCUCAGUAAAUAUCAAAUGUGAUUUAAUUUAGAUACUGAAAGAAAACUCAUGGAAAGGGAAUAAUAUCACGCUUUAACAUUCUCUUUAAUUUUUUUCCCAAAAAAUUAGACAUAUUAGUAUUGGAAGAGAAUUUCUACUUAUCCAGUCACGAUCUUUGCGUGACACGUGCUCUUUUGCCGCGCAGAGAGAAGCAGUGAAGGAGCCUUAUGCCUGUUUCUUGUUAAAGUAUCACUAACGCUUUUACUUGGAGAAAGGCAAAGGAGUGCUCUUAGCCAUCUUAAAAGACUCAACCGAAAGACCUUAAAGUGUGGUUGAUUGGUUAGAAGAAGAAUCUGUCUUUUGCUGUCUGAGACACCUGAGCAGUCAUGGCAAAUUGAACCUAGAAAAAUAACUGGUUGCUCUACUAUUAAAACCAACAUUCCAUUUGGGUCCUAUUUUUUAGAAUAUUGUCUCUAAUUUGGUGCUUUCCAAGUCAUCUUUUCUUUAAAGUGCCCUUCCUCCAAACUUAAAAAAUACUUCUUUGAUAAGAACUGCUCUUCAUUAUAAAACAUUCCGAUUUUUUUACACUUUAAUUUUUCUUUAUCGAAGGUCUGUCACUUGGUAUAUUAACUAUGAAUGUAGUGCAGACGUAUCUCCAGGUUUUAAGUGGGGCCCAAUGAUGGAAAGUGCCACCAGCCACUUUUGUGAUAAUGGCAUCUCCAGUGCCAUCGUGUAUGCAAGCAAUAACGCUCUUCAGGGUAGGUUUUUAUACCGAAAUUUUAAUGUGAGCAUUCCCAAGUGAUGCCAGAAUUCAAAUUGCUCAGUGUAGGAAAGAGAAAGUGUGUGUGGUAGGGGCGGGGGGUGGGGGGGAGGCAGACAACAUCAUUCCUUGGAUUCAAGUAACUAUCAAAAGCCUUUUUUACUUUUGCAAAGGGUACGGAUGGUAAAAACAGCCAAACACACCUGUACUGCUUUAUCAAGUUACAUUUCGUUUUCCAUGAAGUUUAAUACAGAUUGGCGUCCUUAUCUUCACGGGGUGACAUACCCCAAUUUUUAAAAAUUACCAACCUUUUUAUUGUCUACUUUGUGGAAACAGGGUUUUUUGUUGUUUUUUUUUUCCCUCAACCCCUUCUAAUUUUAGAUCUCAUUUCUGGUUAUACUCAAAGCCUUAAGUUCUUAUUCUGAGUGUAUUACCUGUGAUAACUGUAAUAAUGACCUUUCUGGGCUGAAAUAUCCUGGGCUGAAUAUCCUGAGAAAAAAGGCAUCAAGAGAAGCAAAUAAAACUUUUGAGGACAAAGGUCUUCCCGCCCCCCCCCCCCCACCAGGCAUCCUUGCUGUAAUGCAGAAUCGAACAUUAAUUACAAUUUUCUAUAUCACGUGAUGUUCCUAUUAGCGGGUCUAAGAUUAAGCACAUGGUAUUUAUAAGCUAAAAUUAAUUCGAAAGGCAAGAAUGUCUUAAUGUCUUCAUUCUUAAAUUUUGUAUUCUUCACGAAUGUAUUCAUAUAAAACUGGGUAACCUGUUCUUAAUAGGAUUGUAUUGUACAUCUGUAACAUCUGUAAUGGAUCCUGUUAACUUCUUCAUUCUCAUCCAAUUUUAGUAGAAUCCAGUUGCUUUUUAUUUCCAUAUUACGAUCUACUAUGGAUUCUUCAGGUUUAGAAAAUAUGAGUAUGAUAUAUAAAAGCCACUAGAUCCACUUUUAAAACCCUUCCUGUGAAUUUAUGUGUAUGUAAAUAUGUAAAAACUGCUGAUUUCCAAUUCUGUUUUUCCAUAGGAAUGAAAUUUUUAUAGAAACUGUUCUUUUUAACUUAACUAUUUUAACAUAAAUUAUUUACAUGGAUUUUUUGGUAUAAUUCAUUCUUAUGUAUGCCCUGUAAUCAUGUUGUCAUGGAAGACGACCGCUUUCUUUACUGAUAUGUAGAGAGGAAUUGGAGACGCACUGAGACAAGCAAGAAUGGACAGACAGAUGGACAGAAGGAGUCCAUCGGUCUCCAAAUCAGAGCAAUAUAUGUUAGGAUAAGAGAAAAA